UAGAGCCACCGUCUCAGAUCCAGGGACACGAAAAGGCUCAACAACCCGAGAAACUAGACCUGGAUGAUGGUAGAACUUUAGGAUGUCAUCAAGUAAAGAUGUUACAUAAAAGGCAGAAAUUAUGUGCAAUAUUCACAAUCCUUUGAAUGAAAGUAGUAAAAGUGAUUUCUUCAGUCAGUUGCUUACUACAGAGAACUCCUGCAAGUGUUUGAAGGAAAUGCAAAUAAUUUACUUUCUAAAAGUAUAUCAGAAUUUAACAAAUUAGAUGAAUUUGAAGGAAUGUAGAGAACCAAAAAUGUCUAAUUAUCUGAAUGUAUUUGAUGGGGAAAAAAAGAAUCGUUGUAUUUCUCUGUUUUUCAGAAGAAUCAAAUUAUGCAGAACGGCGAAUCUUCCACUUUAAUCCAGUUUCUUAAACGGUGGUUUACGGUUCUUAUAAUGGACAUGAAGACUGGCAGGUUUAAGCAUCACCGUAGCAGUUUUGGAAAUGCGGCCGCUCUUGUAAUGUUUCCUCCUGGGCGGCAGGUGGCGCUGGACACCAACGAAACGCUCCACACCAACACAUGGUUUUUGUUUGGCAGAUCACAGCAGAAAGCGUUUAUAGAGAAGAACUAGUGUUGGGUUAUUCAGGGUUUUCUGUACAUGACGUGGCUAACAUGAGCAGCAGCAGCAGCAGUUACCCCACGCCGGUUUACUCCCACGCCGGACGCGGAAGCUUCCAGGACGUGUACGAGCCCGCGGAGGACUCGUUCCUGCUGAUGGACGCGCUGGAGAAAGAUGCAGAGACGCUGCAGCAGAUGAGCCCCUGCGUGUGCGUGGAGGUGGGCAGCGGCUCCGGAGCGGUUUCUGCUUUUCUGGCGUCGGUGGUCGGACCUUCGGCUCUUUACCUCUGCACCGACGUGAAUCCAGCUGCAGCUCAGUGCACAGCCAGAACCGCCUGCUGUAACCGGGUCACCCUGCAGCCCGUCAUCACAGACCUGGUGCAGAGUCUUUUGCCAAGGCUUAGUGGGAAGGUGGACGUCGUCCUGUUCAAUCCUCCAUAUGUGGUCACUCCAUCAGAAGAGGUGGGCAGCAGAGGUGUAGAGGCGGCCUGGGCCGGAGGAGAGCGAGGCAGACGGGUCACCGACAGGUUCCUCCCUCUGGUUCCUCAGCUGCUCUCCAGUAAAGGCCUGUUUUACCUGGUCACCAUCGCCGAGAACAAGCCAGAGGAGAUUAUCGGGUUAAUGAGCCAGUUUGGGCUGGAAGGAGAGACCCGCCUGUCAACCAGAGCUGGGAAUGAGAGGCUGUCGGUCCUGCGUUUCCAUAGAAACCAGCAGAGGUGACGGGAAAUCAUUUCAGGAAGGAACCAGAAGAUUCAGGAGUCUGGGAGAUGUGACUGUAACCGACCUGAACACUGAGGCCCCAGAGCGCCCCCUGCAGGAUCUGCUGCACCAUCUCCGUUUCCAGCAGCAAAUCAAUCAUCUGUUGGUCCAGACAGAAAAGCUGAAGCUGUCAGUGAAGCAGAUCUGAAGCUGAGCAGCAGAAACCCAGAAGAACUGGAAGCAUCAGCAGGAGAUGAACUGGACCUGUGCGAGGACGCCGCCAGUGGUCCAUAUGGUCGGCUGUCGUUUUCUGUGUGUGUCCGGCUGACUCACGCAGAAAGCCACCAACGCUGCGGCUGCUCCCACCGCAACAAACCGGAUCAGAUGGCGGUUUUCCUCUAAUGCUGGAGAUCCGCUUCAAUCUACAGUGUGCUGCUUUAGAUUUGACAGGCAAGACGCACAGUAAGAAUAGUUGUAGAAGAAUAUGUUGAUAAACUCAGCUUUUCAAAAAUUGUGGCUAAUUAUGAUUUAACAAAAGAAGAAAUUUCACUUUUUCUGCAACAAAAAGUGAAACAGUUUGAAAAUUGCUGUGUUUACUCAGGUUGUAUUUGUCAAAUAAAAUCUGUUAGAUAUGUAAUAUUGAAGUAUUAAAAAGAAGAGAAAAUCUUUAAUGAUUUAGAG